CAGAUAAGGCUCGUGACCCUGUCAAAGAUGCUUCGAAAUUGCUGCUAGAAUGUGCCGAACGAGCGCCAGCAGCUGAUAAGUGAGACUGUCUUUGUGUGGAGAUUGACUGAGUUGAAAUGUGGGCGACUGGGACGGUUGUAUGUUCACCGGUUUAUCGUCUACUGACCACUUGUUGUCCAAUUCGACGUGCUACCGCUGACGGUAAUGCGAAUCGAUACCAACCGACAAAUCAAAAAAGCGUAGACGUUGGUGCACUGCCAACGUUUACCUCACAAACGCUAACAGUUCAACCCGAUUGCGUGGAUCCGUUCGAAGUACCUGAGGAGCAGAAAUAUGGGGAAAUUCGAGCCCGACUGGAAUACGACUUUUCCCAAAACAAGCUAUCAGUUACAAUCCUGGAAGCACAUGGACUUCCGGCAAUGGAUCGUAAUGGAAUGUCGGAUCCAUACGUAAAAUUAUGUAUUCUGCCGGAGCGGAAGCAAAAAUACGAGACGAAAAUUAUUCGAAACUCGCUGAAUCCCGUCUAUAAUGAGACAUUCAUGUUUACGCUUCCCUUCAAUGAACUCCAGUCGAAGACGUUGAUGUUGACCGUUUUUGACUAUGAUCGAUUAUCGAAGGAUGACAAAAUGGGUCAAUUAUCGAUCCCCCUCGAAUCGAUCGAUUUCGGCACAACGACGGAUAUUUGUCGUUAUUUGUGCAAACCGGAGAAUGACGACGAUCGUGAUUCACGACUAGGAGAUAUUUGCUUCUCUACGCGGUAUCGUCCAGCCACCGGUACUGUGACUCUCACUAUCAUGGAAGCGAGAAAUUUGAAGAAAAUGGAUGUGGGCGGUUCAUCGGAUCCAUAUGUGAAAAUAUACUUAUACCAUGGUAGAAAGCUUCUCAGCAAGAAGAAAACGUCACGAAAAUAUCGUACUCUCAAUCCGUACUACAACGAAAGCUUUCAAUUUAAAAUCGAGCCAUCGAUGAUGGACAAAGUUCAUCUAAUUAUCUCCGUAUGGGACUACGACAAGAUGAGCAAAAAUGACUUCAUUGGGGAGGUAACUCUAGCCUCACAAUCCCUCAAUCUACCCCAAGUGACCAUAGCGUGUCACGAACAAUGGGCAGAAAUGUUGACUUCACGACGGCCUGUCGUCCAGUGGCACACACUGCAGGAUCGUUGGGAAAAAGAAAAGGAGAAAGGAAAGUUUAAGGAAUAACAUUUUCCUGGAAGAUGCGAACUUUAAUAGUGGUGCACUUGAACAUGUCGUGUUGUCAAGUAAUUUAUUGAAGAAAAAUUACCAGGGUGGGUAAGGCGGGAUUAAAACCAAAACAUUUACUGAAUUUCAAUUUUGCAUUUGCAAAAUAACAUGCUCACAAUAUUUUGAUAUCGC